AUGGAGAAACUUUAUGAAUGUAAUCAAUGUGGAAAGGCUUUCAUUAGCAUUCCUGGUCUUAGGUAUCAUGAGAAAAUUCAUACAGGAGAGAAAUCUUAUGCAUGUAAACAGUGUGGAAAGGCUUUCACAAAGAGGAGCACUCUUGCUGAACAUCAGAGAAUCCAUGCUGGAGAGGAUCCUUAUGAAUGUAAUCAAUGUGGAAAAGCUUUUAGUGGCAGGAGUAGUUUUAGUAGACACCAGAGAAUCCACACUGGGAUGAAACCUUAUGAAUGUAAUCAGUGUGGAAAGACUUUCAGAAGCAUCCCUGGUCUUAGGUAUCAUGAGAAAAUUCAUACAGGAGAGAAACCUUAUGAAUGUAAACAGUGUGGAAAGGCUUUCACAAGGAGGAGCACUCUUGCUGAACAUCAGCGAAUCCAUGCUGGAGAGGAUCCUUAUGAAUGUAAUCAAUGUGGAAAGACUUUUAGAAGCAACUACCAUCUUAGAAUUCAUCAGAGAAUCCAUACUGGAGAGAAACCUUAUGAAUGUAAUCAAUGUGGAAAAGCAUUUAGCGUCAGGAGUAGUUUUAGUAGACACCAGAGAAUCCACACUGGGAUGAAACCUUAUGAAUGUAAUCAAUGUGGAAAGACUUUCAGAAGCAUCCCUGGUCUUAGUUAUCAUGAAAAAAUUCAUACAGGAGAGAAACCUUAUGAAUGUAAACAGUGUGGAAAGGCUUUCACACGGAGUCACAGUCUUGAUGUACAUCAGAGAAUCCACACUGGAGAGAAGCCUUAUGAAUGUAAUCAAUGUGGAAAGGCUUUCAGAAGCAUUCCUGUUCUUAGAAUUCAUCAGAGAAUCCACACUGGAGAGAAACCUUAUGAAUGUAAUCAAUGUGGAAAAGCUUUUCGCGGCAGGAGUGGUUUUAUUAGACACCAAAGAAUCCACAGUGGGAUGAAACCUUAUGAAUGUAAUCAAUGUGGAAAGACUUUCAGAAGCAUCCCUGGUCUUAGGUAUCAUGAGAAAAUUCAUACAGGAGAGAAAAGUCACCUCCAGCUCUUUGUCAUCCACGUCCUGAAGCCAUGGAAGGGGAACAACUUCCUUGACCUCAUCAGGGGGGCAGCAGAGCCCGCGCUCCCCUUUCCCAGCCUUUCCCGCCUGGUUCCCGGGGAGGAGGGGGCGGGGCGGGUGGUCGGGCGGCCCACGUGGGUGGGGGCGCUGUCUCGGAGCAGUCCGCCAAUAGGGAGUGAAGAGCUCCGCGGCUCCUAG